CCUCCACUCUGGCGCUUGAGGCGUGGGUCUAGCAAGCCAUUGUACACCACCGCCAGCGAGUCGCGCGUGUCGCUUGGAACGCCUCUCUCUCCGUCUCUCCAGUUGCUAGCAACACAACGACGCCUCUCACACUCCCUUACACACACACACAUCAUCACACACACACUCCCUUACACACACACAUCAUCACACUCUUACACACUCUCCUACACACACACAUCAUCACACGCACUCUUACACACGCACACUCUCCUACACACUCCCUUACACACACACACAUCAUCACACUCCCUUACACACACACUAUCACACACACUAUUACACACACACACUAUCACACACACUUACACACACUAUCACUCACUAUUACACACACGCACGUGUGCUCCCACAAAGGCGAGUAGGGAGUGGGGAUAGUUGAAGACGACUCCCACCGCCCUCGAGACGAAGCCUCAUCGCCGCCAAGGCAAUGGACGAGGCAGCGAAGGAGGGGCAGGUGCACAUCCUGCAGCACAAGUUCGCCAAGAGAGCGUGGCGCAAGGUCCACGGAGCGCUCUACUCGGGCAGCAGCUGCGGCGUCGCUCGCCUCGAGCUGCUCGAGGGCAAGGACGCCGCCGAGCGGCACAGCCGCAGCAAGGAGAAGAAGAUCAUCAAGAUGAGCGACUGCGUGAGCAUCAAGCGCAACGACGAGCUCGGCGCCCCGCGCGACUGCCUCGUCCUGCGCCUGGAGACCACGGCCAAGGAGUUCUACCUGGCGGCCGAGAGAGCGGACUUUGACGAUUGGUUCUGCCAACUCUGUCAGAUCGCCUUCCCGCAGGCGGCUUCAGGAUAUGGAUCAUUGGAUAAUGGCCUUGCCUCUAAGCCCCUGGAGAUGGAGGAGAACAGCAUCUAUUCUUCUGCUGACGAAGUGGACGAGUUCUUGGUGGUGACCCAGAAGACGGACGCGUCGGAGCGGAGUAAGCUGCAGGGGAAGUACAUCCUGAAGGUGAACCAGGAGAGACUCGAGCUCAUGGACCAGAACACGCGCCUUGUGCUGCAGUCCUGGGCCCUCGACUCCCUGCGCCGAUACGGCAAGGACCAGAAAAUGUUCACGUUCGAAGCUGGACGUAGGUGCCAGACUGGACCGGGCAAUUUCAAUUUCGAGACGACCCAGGGAAAGGAAAUAUUCAAUCUUAUCGUCAAUUUCAUCAGCAAACUGCCACCAGGAAAUCAUGGUGGCAGCACCAACGUGGACUCGAGCGCAGCUCACUUCUCGCGAGCAAACGCUUCGCCGGUGCGUCACGUGGAGGCCGAUGAAUUCCUGCACGCUGCCGGACCUGCGGCCGACGGGAUGAAGCUCAUGUCACUUAAACCCGAGGGAGCCAUUCUGCUGCCCUACGGCGGAAAGCCUAACGGGGGCAAGAUGUCACCCUUGAAGUUUCCCCCCUCUCCGAAUUCGGAGCCCGUCUUUCCGAAGAAGAAUUCAAAUCGGAAUAGCGAGCCCGUCUAUUCGGAGGUUUACGACGGUUGUCUGCUUGGCAAAAACCGUGGGCCGGCGAUGCAAAACAGCCAGCCUCCCCGGGCAGAGCACAUUUACGACGAUCCUGAGUGCGCUGCUCGCAGCAGCGCUGCGAAGACCAUCUACAGCACCAUUCAUUGCAAAGAUGAGGUUCAGAAAGAUGAGGCUGCGCCACGGCCGACCGCGCCAGUACCCCCUGCAAAGCCACAUUUUCCGAAGCCAAAUGAUCGACCGAUCAAAGUUCCGCUCUUGCCCAGUCGUCCGAUCCCCACGUCCGUAAAUGUCGAUGACGAUGUGUCAGCCCUCUACUGCAAGGUGAAUAAGAAGCCUCCAGCGGUGGUGCGAGUGAGAAGCUGCGAUGAGUUGACCUAUCCCUCUGCUGCCCGUACAGAGGAUUCCUUUGAAGAGAAAGUCAUAACGUUUUAAACAAAUUAUGGAGUUGUCUUGAUUAAAUUUUUCAUAUAUCCAAACGUGUUGGCCUGCUCAAAACGCGUACCACAUGUUUCUUUGGCAUUUGUCAUUUACGUUGAUGAUGAAUAUAACCGCGAAGUUUGGUGUAAGAUAAUAAUGUGCUCAUUAAUCGGAUAUUUUAUUCAAUUAAUAAACCUCUAUCUAUUUUUUUUUAAUCCGCACCAUAAUCCAUUUUGGUCGUUUUGCCAGCUAAUAUAUUUUUGCAUUUUUGAUCAAUAAAGUUUAAUUGAUUGGGAAGUUAGUUUGAUCCCUCAUUGUAAUUUAACUUUUUGUAAUGACAUUUUUAAUGGUUUCAUGUGGUGUAGAUGUCUAAAAUAAACAUUCCAUACAACCGUAUGUUGACAAAAAAAUUCAACACGAGCGUCAUUAACACUGUGGCCUUAAAAAUAAAAAUGUGUAAUAGGCGAUGUGUCGGGCACAAUGGCUCUUCUUUAUAGCAACCUAUUUACGAAUGUGAGUUUUUGUUAUUUGUGCUUGUGCACCACUGCCAGCAGAGUGUUGCCAAAUAACUGUAUUUUGUAGAGGGUUGGACUAACAUUUAAAAGAUUGAACUGGAGGUUCAUCAUCAUUGUGAAUACAAUUUCCAAACCCAGCUUUGUUCUCUCCAUAGUCAAUAGAAUGAGAACUACAUGGAGACAGCUCCACCACUUCUCACCCAGUGAACCGUGGAGCACAGAUAUACAGAUAGUUCUUGACUCAUCACGAACAACAAUGACAUAUCUUUACGAAACCCAGUUUAAAACAUAAGUAACGUACAUGCAAUUUAUACGAAUUAAAUAAAAAAAACAUUUAGGACUUAAACACUUCUCAACGAUUCUCAUCCUGUCUGAGCCUCUGUACAUAAUAACCCUCGCACACAUUGAGCACCACACUAACCUACAAAGUUUAAUAUUUUGCCAGUUUACUUUCAAAUUCUGUAGGCUGGCCUACAUCCACAGUGAUGGGUUACACGCCCAGCUCGCUUAUGCUUGCGUGCCGUAGUUUUUCCUGUGUGUGUGUGGUCGUAUGUCCGUGCACAAUAAUGCUGUAUGAUUAAUAGUGAAGAGAAAAUGUUGACAAUUGUUUUAUUUUAAAGAAAUCAAUUUUUUUGGUUAUUUUGUUGAUAAUUAUUACUGUAGGUUUUGGUGUCAUGUGGCUCCAGUUGGGGUUUGCAGUGAGGGCUGCACAGUCCACUUGAGGAUUUCUCGUCUCGGGUAACGCGUGCAGCUGGAUUCAUUGACUUGCCCCCACUCUCUUCAACCUGCACUGACCAGCACGGUGAUGUACGGUCAAGCAAUCUCCCAUUACUCACAUGGUGUGGGGAGGCCUUCAUCCAGCAGGGAAUGAAUGAGAAAGGGCUGUAAACCCUGACUCGCUGUGAGGUGGGGUUCUUGUGCCAUCUCGCUCUACUCGGUAAUUGUUUUCGUUCGAUUUUUGCUGUACUCCUGCCUAAUAGCUACGGUCAGCGGUACAACGUCGCCUAUCCGACCGUCCACACAUCCCUCCUAUUUAAUUAACUGGCCACAAACAGUGCACAUUGUUUGUGCGUGGUGUAACUCGUUAUCCAGAGUUGUUCACAAGUCCAAGCUUUUAACACGAGGGAGUGUUAUUGUUCAUCAUAUAAUAUUUGCUUAAAUAUCAAGCAAAGUAAAAUAAUUUUGCCACGUUUAAAAAUAAGUUUGAGAUUUUUUGUGUCUGGCAACAUAUUGGUGUAUAGUGUAACUGUCACUUUGUACAGAUCUUAACCUUAUCCCAUCUGUUCACACAUCAGCCGAUACCUCAGUGAGCCGGAUAUGCGACGUUGUACUGUGUGUGUGUAUAUUAUGAAACAAGGUGUAUAUACAUAUUUAUACACACUGUAUGACUUUAAACAUAUAUUGUAACCUAUCAUUUUUAAAUAUCACCUCUUCAUGUGUUUUAUAUUAAAAGUAGUGUACUUUUGGUGUUUUACUGAGUCUUGUUAAUAUAAUAUAGGUCAUGUUUAAGUAUUGUUUUGCUUGUAAAUCAAGAACGAAUCUAAAAAUGAUUGUACAUUUGGGUUGCUUUUUUAUCAUUUCGCAAUGAUGACUUUUCAGGCAAUGAAAAAUAUUAAAGUUUUUUUUAUAUAUA